AUGCACCGGUUGGUGGACUUGUCAACUGAAGCUGACAAGUCCCAUGUAGCCAAUAGGAAUAUGGUGGUCGGUGAUGGAACGCUUCCUCUGGAAGCAGUUGUUUCCGCCAAUGAAAAGCUGGCUAAGUUACGGAAAGAAGCUGAGGCUCUGGAAGCAGCUGCAGCUCUGGAGAAUCCUUCUUCUUCUUCUGAUGAUGAUACUGGAGUUAAGCUGGCUCAAGUGUAUGACAAGCUACACGAGUUGAAGUCAAAUGCUGCUGAAGCUCGGGCUUCCAAGAUUCUUGCCGGCUUAGGUUUCACGGAACAUAUGCUAGCGAGUCCAACUAGUGAGAUCAGUGGUGGCUGGAGGAUGCGAAUAUCAUUGUUAACAAUGGAGGAGACACCGGUUGAGUAUCUUCUUCGUCUUCAUCCUGACCAAAAGGGAUGUAGCAAACAAGAGGCCGUUCGUGCGCAACUGGGAAAGUUUGGGCUACCAAGUCACAACCAUGUAACUCCGAUUGGGAAUCUGUAUGGAGGACAAAAGGCUACGGUUGUGUUAGCCUCGAUCUCAAUGACAAAGCCACACAUUUUGGUUCUUGACGAGUCAACAAAUCACUUGGAUAUGCAGCCUAUAUAUGCCUUGGCGGAUGCACUGUAUUCGUUCAAAGGAGGAGUUGUGUUGGUGAGUUAUGACUCGAGACUCAUAUCGCGAGUCUGUGAGGACGAGGAGGAGAAAGAAAUCUGA